AUGUGCCUUGUGUUGUGUGCUUUACACUCCUCCGGCGGGUUAGCGGCAGCAACCAACUCUACUGAAGCUCAGAGGGAAAAGAGAGGCUCCUUUGGCGGCAGUGGGCACGGCGCAGGGGGCGGGUACCUGGUCGUGGGCGCCGGCACCGGAGGCCAGCUCUCUAAAGGCGUCUCACAGGCAGCCAACCAGGCCGCGGCGGAGGCCACUGCUGCCGCUGCGGGACUGAAAACUGUUGCUACAGCUGCGGCUUCAGCUGCGGCGGGAGAGGCGGCCGAGGCAGCAUCAGCGGCCUCACAGGUGGCUCAACAGGCAGCAGACCAGCAGAAAGCUGACGUGGCUCAGCUUACCCAAGCUCUCCAGGGGGCCCAGGCGGCCUUCUUCUCGGAGUCUUCCCUGGCGGGCAAAGCCGCAAUCGCAACUACGUCGGCGGAGAACGUGUACUCGCAGGCCCUCUCCUUGAUCCGCCAGCUGGAAGCGGCCCACGCGGAGGUCCAGGCAGUCACUGCACAAGCGGAGCAGGCUCUCCAAGCCGCGCAGGCCGUGCAGAUGUCACAGAACGCUAUGGCUUGGCAGGCUGUGCAGAUUUCCAACAGCCUCAACUUUCAGCAGCAACUUGCGAUCAGCGAUCUGAGCGGGGCGGUCGCAGCCGCUGCCCGAGCCGAAGCUGCGGCCGCCGCCGCCAUGGCCAAGGCGAAGGGUUACGGCGGGCACGGUGGCCAGGGAACCUAUGGCCAUUCGGGCGGCCAGACAGGUUAUGGGUCCGGCAGUGUGGGCGGGGGCUUCGUCGGCUACGGCGGGCUUGACCAGAAUGCUGCAACUUCAACAGGUGACUACGGCAGCGCCAGCCAAUCGAGCCUCAGCUACGGCAACGUCCAAACAAGUCUCGGCAGCGAAGGACAAGACGCGCUGAUUAGCUACGGAAGCGAUGGGCAGAGCAGCCAUGACAGCCACGGGAAGGGCGACCAAAAUAUCCAAAUUAGUUACACCGACGGUAAUCAACAUGGUUUCGAUGAUCAGGUCACUUAUACCAACGGUGAUCAAAUAAUCCAGAAUAACGGUGGCCAAACCAUUCAAUCAGGUCAUGGUCAAAAUAAUGAGGGUCAUGUAAUAUACAGCGAUGAUGUCCAGAUUAAUGGUGGCCAAACUAUCUAUGAGAAUGGUCAAAAUGAUCAAAAUGAUUAUGUAAACAAUGACCACCAUCAUUCGGGGGGCAUUGUCCAAAACAAUGGAGACCAAAUCAUCUACGACAAUGGCCAAAAUAGUCAAAUCAACUUUGGUAACGAUGGACACAUUAAUGAUGGCCAAAUUAUCAGUAAUGACAAUGCACAAAAUGGUCACAUCAGUUACGAAAGCAAUGGCCAUUCAAACUUUGACAACAAUGGUCAAAAUAAUGUCCAAUUUAACUACGACAACAGUGACCACAACAGCCAAAUCAGUUAUAACGACGGCGCCCAAAUUAAUGUUGGCCAGAUCAUCCACAACCAAAAUGACCACAGAAAUUCCGGUCUCAAUGGCCACGUCGGUUUUGGCCAAAAUAAUGAUGGUCAGUUUGGUUACAACAACAAUGGCCAAAAUAUAAAUAGCCAGUCUACCUACGACAACAGUGGCUUAAAUAAUAACCAAUUUAGUCACGGCAACGUUGGCCAAAGUAUCGGUAUGUCACAUGGCAACGAUGGCAUAAAUGGUCAAUAUGUCUAA